UUUUUUACUUAAAAAUGGUAAAUAAAGCUGCACAUGUUGGCGAUUCUGGCGGCGGCGGUGGUGGUGAUGCGUGGAAGACUUCUAAACUAAUAAGAAAGAAAGCAUGAAUAUUGUGAGGCAUGCUGCCCUGUCUCUAAGCAGGAGAGGGUAUCAGGUGUGCUUCCCAUGCCAACAUCAGUUUGUGUUAGCAAGUUAUUUCUCUGUAACAAGAAACAAAUUGGGCAAAUCUGAAGUGGAAAUUCAAAAGGAACAAGGAAUUCCCCAACCUCCUCCUAUUGAAAUACCACACUGCAGAAGAGAUGUGAGAAUUGGACCUAAAAAAAUGACACUUGUUGCUAAUUUGGUGAGCCGCAUGCCAAUCCAAGAAGCCAUUACCCAGUGUGAGUUUUCUCCAAAAGGUGCAGCUGAAGUUGUCAAGGAGGUUUUGGAAGAAGCCCAAGAAAUUGCUGUGAAGAGAUACGGAGUGGAAGACAAAAAUAACCUAUACGUUGACCAGUCACACGUAGGUAGAGGGCAGCAUUUAAAAAGAAUCAAGUUUCAUGGGCGUGGACGGUUCGGCAAAAUGAAGCGUUACUAUUGUCAUUACUUUUGCGUGUUAAAAGAGGGCGUACCGCCCGGCAAAAACAUUUCUCGUCAAAACAGAAGACGUUUGUCUGAACUGGAACAAAAACUUAGAUAUCCAAAAACGAUUAAAAAUUCCUUAUCUUGGUGGUGACGCAAGUGCUAAGAAAUGUUCUCACGACAAACUUUCUGAACUCUGACGUUUCUACUGGGUAUUGUCUGAAAAUAUUUUUUUUAAAAAUAUAUAUUUUAGCGUAGA